AGUAUAGAACAGUUGAACUUUAACAGUUUACAAAACUGAACGCGAUUACAACAAUAACAAAAUAAAUAUUAGAAACAAAAAAAGAUUAGACAAUUGUUAAACGAACGCAAUAGUGAAAAUUUAAAUGCGCAUGCGCGCCGGUUAAAUUUAAAAAAUAAAAAUAUUUUUGAGAGCCAAUAAAACGCACAUUAGAAUUGUGUAAAAAAUUUAAAAAAAAAAACUAUAAUAAAAUAAUAAUAAUGCAGUCAUUUAAUCUUUCGCGUUUAAACAUUUGGCAUUUAAGCCUUUUUGGGCUGGUGUGUUUUUCGAGUCUUAUAAAUGAUUCAAUAAGUUUUGAAUAUUUUAAGGAACAACCUGCCUACUUAAAGCCCUGCAAAAUUUAUCAGCCGGGAUUUACAGCCUGUUCAACCGAAAACACUCAGAGCUUAAUUAAAGAGCUUGGAAAAGGUAUUCCGGAAGUGAAUGCCGUCAUUGGUUCAAUUGAUCCCAUAAAAUUGAAAACAAUCAAUUUUAAACAGGACAACACAGAAGCGGCUUCAUUAAAAGCGGAUUUAACCGAUUUAUUGGCAACGGGAAUAAAAGAUUUAAUUAUAAAAGAGAGCAAAGUCAGCAAAAAAGAUUUUAGUUGGUUGACCAAAAUUUUUAUGCCAAAAUUCAAACUAGAGGGCCACUACAAAAUGGAUGGUCGCAUAUUGCUUUUGCCGCUAAAUGGUGAAGGACAUUUUGUUAUUGAAAUUGAUAACAUGGACAUUAUAAUGCGCACGAAAACCAAUCUAAUUGAAAAGGGAGGUUUCACUUUCUACAACAUCACCAGCAUUAAAGUCGAUUUGGAAAUCUCUAAAUUGCACACCCAAUUCGAUGACCUGUUUGGUGGCAACAAUAAAGAAGUGGAGCGCAGCACCAAUGAAUCGUUCAAUAAGAAUUGGAAAGAAUUCUUCGAAGCUUUGCGUCCUUUAAUAAACGAGACAGUCGAACGGGUUCUGUUCGAUAUUUUAUAUCCGGUAUUUUUAUUAAUACCAGCCAAUUUUAUGAUUGAAGAUAUACCAAGUCCGGAGAAAUUGUAUGGCAAAAAACAGUGAGAGUUGGAGGAGAGAUUUGUUUAUACGUAUACGGAUUAAGUAAUAAUUAUGAUUGUUAUUAUUAUUUAAUAAUUAGUUAAUAAUUUUUCUAAACCAAAAUAAUAAAAAAUAUACAUAUAGGUAUAUGUAUGUAUCUUAA